CUUAGGACCUGUCUGCCUUGGGUGACUCUACUAGGGGCAUAAAUCGCGCGAUGGCGCUGCGCGGACGGCUGCCGGUCGCCUCGGCUGCAUUUUUUGUUUCUCUGCUUUCUCUUCUUUGUGGUGUUUUUUGGAGUGUUUUGAUAUUGGUGAGUGCCGUGUCUGGCACUCCGGGAUUGUGUGCACCGAAGAGGCAUACUUUUGGAACUCUAGUGUAGUGUGUUUUGCUACUUUUGACACUCUUUGAAGCGGUGAGGGGAGACCCCUUUGUCCACGGCUCCGAGCCCAUUGUUUGCACGCGGGCUCAGCUACUCGGAAUGAGGGACUCUGCGCUGCGGCCCUAUUCGUCGACAUGCUGGGAAACCUGUGGUGCCUGCUGAGGUACGGAGAAAACUGGGAGGCUGCAGGGGCGGCGGGACGGAGCGGAGGAGGAGUGGUCUGCCAUCGGUUGACGCGGGAUCUCUCCCCCCCAGGACCGAGGAGCAGGCCGCCUCGCCAAGAGAGCGCUGCGGGAAACCCUGCAGAGCACCCCUGCACCCUCCUACUGAUCACAGGGGACGCAACCACGCCCCCCUGUAGACUUUGUAGACAAAUCUACAAUGUGACUUCCGGUUUGCCAUGCGGGCAGGGUAGACAUAGCAAUGGACUGCUCUGGAAAAAUCCAGCCUUUUGACUAAAUCCAACCCACGGAAAGCUAACUCUACGCUACCCAACAAUACAAAAACAUCUUGCCUAGUGCUUUUGCUUACUUAUCCACUAGUAAUGGCCAGCAAAAGCGCGAAAGGAAGCAAGAAAGAGGACGCUAGCUUAACGUUGGAGGCUAUCACCGCAUUGCUUCAGCAGCACGGGGAAGAUCUGAAGUCUGAGCUCAUGCUUAGCUCCAAGCUAGACCAGGUGCGCCAGACCCUGGAAGAACAAGCAGAACGAGUCUCCUCUUUGGAGCUCGCAACAGAGGAUGUGGGCCAGCGGGUGGCUAGCCUAGAAGACUUGUGUGCUGCUCUCCGUGAAGACAAUGCCAAACUGAAAGACAAAGUGACUGACCUGGAGAGUCGCAGCCGACGGCAAAACACCCGCAUCCUUGGUCUGCCCGAAGACACUAAAAGUGGGCGCCCUACUCAGUUCUGCUCCAACCUUCUCUGUGAGUUACUCGGGAAAGAGGUGCUCCCGACCCCACCAGAGCUUGACAGAGCACACCGUUCUCUGGCAGCUAAGCGGCCCGAGGGACGUCCACCUCGCCCGGUGAUCCUUCGUCUGCAUCGAUACCUGACCAAGGACCUAAUCAUUCGGGAAGCCAGGAAGAGAAGAACGCUCGACUACAAAGGUGCGUCUCUUCGUAUUGUGGAGGACUACAGCUCAGAUGUCCUGGCCCGACGCGCGGAAUAUAAGGACACUAUGGCGGAGCUCUACAGGUGAGGCUUGAAGCUGGCUCUUCUCUUCCCGGCCCGUCUUCGCAUUACGCAAUCCAGCGGUGCCAAAAAGUUCUUAGGUUCGGUGGAGGAGGCUCCACAGUUCAUCAAGAGGCUUCCAAAGCCACAAGAAGGCCAAUAAAGGAGCAGCGCUGUACCGAGGGCUUACUCCACUGCUUUUAUAUUAAAAAGUAGUCCCAGCCUUGACUACCAUAAUCCUUGGUGUUUACGUGACCAACAAAAACAAGUAAGGGCUCACUUUACCGCAGUAGAAACAGGCGGGCUGCUUUUCCUCAGGGCGCAGUAGGUACUGUAAAUACAGCCUGCUAACAUAUCAUUUUCUUACCAAUUGACUUAUCUUGGCCAUCUUUUUGGCUGGUAUUGUACUUUAUGAAUGGAAGAGCAGCUCUAUUAAUAGCUGUAUGUUCUGUCUCGAUAGCGUCUGGAGUCUAUUUUCAUGUUAUCUCGUGUGGGUGCUUUAAAUUUUGUUAUAUCACUAUUUUUCCGUGGUGUCCAUGGAUGUCUGUAAGAUUUAUAUUAACGUGGGGGAUUUAUACCUACUUCAAGCCGACUAGGAGCAGUGGGUAGUUUGCUAUAGAUAGUUCGUCUUUUUCUUAUUUUGAGGUUGUUAGUUACUGGAAGAUUCGGUCUCUGAGAAUGUUAGUUUCGAAGAGCUUGCUGCCACGUUGUUGUUUUUUUUUUGUUUUUUUGGCAGCUGUUUAUGUUUGGGGGGGAGUUUAGGGGGAGGCUAAGGUCACAGCCAGGGGUCUCGCAGAAUACUGUAAUUGUUCUCUACUUUUGUUUCAAUCUCUGCCUGCCAUACUACUAUCGUACCUAUCAAAAGAAAUAACACA